AGCGGAGGGGGGUCCGUGCGCGGCAGGGCCGGUUCCCGCGGAGCCGUCGGAGACCGUCGGCGUUGCGAGGGCGGGGCGGGACCGCAGGGGCCAUGGCGGAGCCGCCUCGGCUACCUCUGACUUUUGAGGAUGUUGCCAUUUAUUUCUCGGAGCAAGAAUGGCAGGAUCUAGAGGCAUGGCAGAAGGAGCUUUACAAGCAUGUGAUGAGAAGCAAUUAUGAGACUCUCGUCUCUCUAGAUGAUGGACUUCCAAAACCAGAACUGAUAUCCUGGAUUGAACACGGGGGAGAGCCCUUCAGGAACUGGAGAGAAUCACAGAAAUCAAGAAACAUAAUUUGCUCCUCUAGUGAUUUCCAUUUUGACCCAGGUUUUCAGGAACAGCUGUUUUGGGGAAGCCAGCAGGCUGUGAAUUCAAGAAAAACUAAAAGCCAUUUCCAAUUAGAUCCUCUUGAGAGCCAGUGUUCCUUUGGAUCCUUUGUUUCCUUGAGGUCUGACCAAGGCAUCACCCUCAGGAGCCCACAGAGGCACAACGCCAGGACUCCUCCGCCACUAGCCCACGGCCCCAGUCAAUCUACCCUAAAAGAACUCCCAAGUCCCAGAAAUCUGGAUCUUCCUGGUUUGCGGGACGUCCCUGCCUGGGAGAGCACCCAGCACCCUCGUCCUGUCUCCGGGGAAAGCUGUUGGGAGAACAACCAUUUAGGAAUGCACCAGAGGGGCCAGUCCAAGGACCGACCACAUAAGGCCUGGGAGAAAUUAAACAAGAGGGCGGAGAUGCAGAUGCCGCGGAGCAGCCCUCCGGUACAGAGGCACUUCCGGUGUGGCGUGUGCGCCAAGAGCUUCCGCAGGAAGCUGUGUCUGCUGAGCCAUCUGGCGGCCCACGCGGCGAGGUUUCCCUUCCAGAGCGCUGACGGUGAAAUGUGCUUCCGACAUGAACAGGCUCAUCCCAGCCACCACCUCCUGCACCAGGGGGAGAAGCCUGCCCAGUGCACCACGUGCGGCAUGCGCUCCCUCCCGGUGGACAGCACGCAGGCUCGCCGGUGCCAGCACAGCCGGGAGGGGCCGGCCUCUUGGAGAGAAAGCCGCGGGGCCUCCAGCAGUGUGCACUCGGGAGAGAAGGCCCAAGAGGAGAGCGGCCACCAGCAGGGGGACACGGAGGCUCUGCAGCAUCUCGCACCGGCGCCCUGCUCUUGCUUGGAGUGUGGGGAGCGCUCCCCUACGAGCGCCCUCGCCUGCCACUGCAGGGCGCAUACUGGAGAAAAGCCCUUCCAGUGUCCCCAUUGCAACAAGCGUUUCUGUCUGCGCCGCCUGCUGCAGGUCCACCAGCACGCGCACGGUGGGGAGAGACCGUUCUCCUGCAGGAAGUGUGGCAAGGGCUUCGCCAAGCAGUGUAAACUCACGGAGCACAUUCGAGUCCACAGCGGAGAGAAGCCUUUCUGGUGUGCCAAGUGUGGCAGGAACUUCCGUCAGAGGGGACAGCUGCUGCGGCACCAGCGUCUGCACACGGACGAGAAGCCCUUUCAGUGCCCAGAGUGUGGGCUGAGCUUCCGCCUGGAGAGCAUGCUGAGAGCCCACCGGCUCCGGCACGGCGGGGAGAGGCCGUUCUCCUGUAGCGAGUGUGGCAGAGGUUUCACCCACCAGUGCAAGCUCCGUGAGCACCUGAGGGUGCACAGCGGGGAGAGGCCUUUCCAGUGCCUGGAGUGCGACAAGCGCUUCCGCCUGAAGGGCAUCCUGAAGGCCCACCAGCACACGCACAGCAAGGAGAGGCCGUUCUCGUGUGGGGAGUGUGGCAAGGGCUUCACCAGACAGUCCAAGCUCACGGAGCACUUGCGCGUGCACAGCGGGGAGAGACCCUUCCAGUGCCCAGAGUGCAGCAGGAGCUUCCGCCUGAAGGGGCAGCUGCUCAGCCACCAGCGUCUGCACACCGGAGAGAGGCCCUUCCAGUGUCCGGAAUGUGACAAGCGCUAUCGCGUGAAGGCCGACAUGAAGGCCCACCAGCUCCUGCACAGCGGGGAGAUGCCUUUCUCCUGUGAGUGCGGCAAGGGCUUUGUGAAACACUCGAAGCUCAUCGAGCACGUCAGGACGCACACAGGAGAGAAGCCUUUUCAGUGUCCGAAGUGUGACAAGAGUUUCCGCCUGAAGGCGCAGUUGCUCAGCCAUCAGGGCCUGCACACAGGGGAGAGGCCUUUCCACUGCCCUGACUGUGACAAGAACUUCCGGGAAAGGGGACACAUGCUGAGGCACCAGCGCAUCCACAGGCCCGAGAGGCCCUUUGCCUGUGGCGACUGUGGGAAGGGCUUCAUUUACAAGUCUAAGCUCGCAGAGCACAUCAGAGUACACACAAAAUCCUGUCCUGCUCCAAAUGAACUGGAUAUUAAGAAAAGGCUCAGCCAACUGUUUGCAAUGAUAGAGGCCGAUUGGAGUUGAGGCAGAGUGAGACAUCCAAAGCGUUGAGCAGGAGUGGUAUUGCCCGGGAAUCCACAGCAACAGUAGCCAGACCUGCUGGUAGACGGGUUUUAGGAGCAGGUGUCCUUCUUUGAGCAAGAGUGUCAUACAAGUUAGGAAUAUGAGGAACCACAAAGGAUUUUCUCUUCGGAAACAUUACCAAUUAUAUUUAUUUUUUUCCAAGACGGAGUCUUGCUCUGUCACCCAGACUGGAGUGCAGUGGCGUGAUCUCGGUCAUAUUGGAAAAGACAGCAUUACAAAACAAGGACAUAAUUUUAUGAAAAGCACAGCAUCUGCAAAC